AUGGCUUCUCAUGCUGGCGACGACAAUGAUGAUGGGGCCACACUUUCCGAGCUUGAAGACCUCGAGGCCCGGAUGGACACUACACCCCACGACCACGGUAGGGGUGCACCGUCUGCAGCAGGCCCGCCCAAAGGACCACCGCCACCAAGACCUGUGCAUGCAGCAUCUGGAACAGAUCGAGCAGGCAACGCCGCCGCGACCUCUACCACGCCAGCCGCCCCGGACAGCGACGAGGACUCCGAUCCCACACGCAGAUGGCCCUUGCUGGAGGUGUCCGAAGGUGGGCACCGCUUUUACGAGCGGGUGCAAGGCCCGCCCUUACCGAACGGCAAGUUCGGGGCGUCCUCUGAUAGCUCGUCUGUUGGCCUCUCUAGCUCGACUUCCAGCGCACCAGCCUCGCUCAAUUCCCUCACGUGGUCAGAGACAAGCCUCGUGUUGUGUGGUCCGAGCCUGGAAGAAGCAAAAGGAGUAUUGUGCGGCCAAUAUCGGAUGGAAUUGUCAACCACCCGACCGGAGCUUACUAGUCGCUCCCAGGGAGCGAAGGUCGGAGCACUCAGGAGGAAAAUGGUGGGCUCACCCUGGCAAGUGGUUCAGCAGCUGGCUCAUCAGUACCUCACGGCGGACCGGCGACAAUACUGGUCUAACUGGGAAUUCCAGGCGCCACUGCCGAGCAUUGCUUGUGGCCCGGCCAAGGAGCGGCGUCGGGAGCUAGCCCUACUGCACAUCAACCAGAGGGGGACUCGCCACGCAAGCGGCGAGGAAGCAUCGCGGACCAUCGCCUCCUCGGGGGUCAGCGUGCGCAGCCUCGUCCGCCCGGCGGAAUUUAUGGCCUGGUGUGAUAUGCAAGCGGACUUAGAUGCCAUUAUCAUCCAGGAGACGCACUGGCAUGACACAUCUGACUUCUGCACAGGUGCUCCGGCAUUCUUUUCCUGCUGCACCGCCGCCACCUCUAAGACGACCCAACUUCCCGUAAGCAUCAUAGGGGUUUACCAACAUGUUUGGCGAGCAGCCUCACCACCGCCCGCAAUCUUGAGCUUCGUUGUAAUCUAUGGGAACACCUUGAUCGGCAGCUGUUCUGUCCCUCGUGGCACCACCCAGCCUGACUCGGACUUGUCUGCACUUGUGCACAAGCACUCGUUGAGUGUAUUGAACACGUGGAACACCAGGGCUGCUGGCACGUUCUACUCCCCGCAAGGCUGCACGCAGACCGACUACAUUAUCACUAGACAGUGUACUGCCCAUCUGCAAGCCAAGCGUGCUUACCCGGAUCAUGCCUUUCCUGUAGGCGGGGGACGCCUGUCGGGUCACUACCCCAUUCGUGCUCAGCUACCAAUGCAAUCUUUCCGCCGGUCACCGUCACAGGACGGCCCUGCUGUGCCAAUGAUUGACCUCGCCGCGCUGCAGACGGCUGUCUGCCAGGCCUCCCCGGAGGCACAAGACAUGCAGGCAUCCCUAGACCAGCGCCUGCAACAAGUCGAUGUCACCAACUUGACCAGUGCCCAUAAGCAUAUCAACCGUAUCCUGCUAGAGGCGGCUGCUGCGGCCUUCCCGAAGCAACCGGCCCCGGACAACCGUGUGAGUGCUCAGCCUGCCUUUCGUGUUUCGGCCAGCUCUGUUUGGCAGCUGUACCAUGAUUUCAAGAAGCCACGAGCCUGCACGCCCUGGGCCAUCUUCACCAAGUGGAAGCUGGCCACGACCCUUGCCCGCGCAUCGAAAGCUCUCCGGAAACAAAGCCACAGACUUAAGAAGCAAUUUUACGAGUCUCAGGUCGAUCAAGCGGAGCAAGCGGCCCUGCGAAAUGAUCAAAGAAGCCUCUUCCUCAUCAUUAAACGCUUAUCCCCGAAAUCUCGUAACAUCGCCUGUCGGCUUCGAGGUGACGAUGGGCGGCUGUUGACCGGCCCGGAGCAACUUCAGCACAUCGUUGCGUACGGCAACAAAACCUUUGCUGCCAAGGAUGACACCCGCCCCAGCACUCCCCUCCUCACCACUCCGACGAUCUCCGCCCAGGAUCUCACGGCGGAGCUGGGCAAGCUUGGUAGCUUGGGCGAACUGGAUGAAGAUUGGAAGUCCAGCUAUGUUGUCUGGAUCCCGAAGCCAGGAAGCCUGCGCCAUCAUCUGCUCCGUGGCCUCGAGCCUGCUCUGCGCAUGACUCCUCAGUUUGCCUAUGCAAAGCACAGAGGCACCGCUGAUGCUCUCCUGCGAGCUCACAUGCAUUUCGAGGCUGUGGCCAAGCUGGUGCAGGUCCUGACGCUCUUCGCAGACGACGUCUGGGGCGCCUGGGAACUCCGUACUGCCCAGGACCUUACGCAAGCCGUAGCUGACAUUUCCCUCAUUCUUGAAACACUUGAGACCCUUGACAUGACCAUCAACUACAAUAAAACCGCCAUCCUGUUCAAGCUUGUGGGCAAGGAUGCCAAGCGAUUGAAGCAGGAGCACACCUUCAUGAAGGCCGGCCAGCUGCAUCUGAAACUCGUUGUACAUGGCCGUGAGUGUGGCAUCCCCAUAAAGGAACAGCAUGAAUACCUGGGUACCAUCGUGACUUACCGUCACCGCCUGCAGCGCAAUAUGCAGCACCGCCUCAAAGCCUGCACCGCAAGGUAUCAGGGCUUGAGGAAGCUCUUGAAUGGCUCCCACCAUCUGGCCGUCCAUCACCGGCUGCGACUAUGGCAGGAGACUUUUAUCACGGAGAAUGCCAUGCGAGUUCACUGUGGUCUCAAGCAUGAGUCCAAGCCUCAGCACUCCACUCGCACCCCCACGGUGUUUCAGCCGGAGCUUCACUCCAAAGCAGGCAUGCCAGCAUGCCAGCUCUGUGAACGGCAGUUCUGGAGGGCUUGGGCUUUCUUCUUCAACAACAUGCCAUUAGUGCACCGCUCGGCCUUUCAGCGCAGCCUUGAUUCCUGGGAGAAGUGGCUGCAGAUCUCAGCCGUUCGCCUCGAGCUGACUCAGAUGUACGGGAGCAGUCAGGACUUCGCACUCAACGAGGAGGCGGAAAUAUUCGCCAACUGUUGGCCGGACACCGAGGCCAUCCAUUCGGCAGCAACGCCGCCGGACCCCCGCCCACCACAGCAGCAAGACCCACUUCGACUUCUCACCCGUGUUGUUCUCCAGCAGGAACAGACCAUCAGCAGGUUGAGGCACGACAAGGGCUUUGUCUUGUUCAUGAGGCAGGGAGAGGACGGCACCCUGGGAGCCCUGAUGCGGGUCGCCAAGGAGUGGAACAACAAGAAGUCUCAAGAGAAUCAGACGGUGCGCUCCCCUUUGCACACGGUCCUCCUCUCGAGCAUGGUCAGCACACUCCUCAAGCUGGCCCAGCAAGCGGUGGCCACAGAGGAGAACAAGCAGAAGAUGAUCACGGCAGAAUGGCUGACGACCAACUCCGAAUGGAGCUACCGGACCUGGAACCCCACCGAGCGGAGACUGGUGGUAGACACCACCAAAUCUCCGCUACAACACGCGGAGAUUGUUCGCAUCCUGAACUAUUUGCUCGAGCAUCUUACUGGGGAGGCGAUCCAGCGAUUCAACUCCACGGUGCAACUGCCCAUACUGGAGCAGCAAGGAGCCAACAUAGCAACCUUUGCUCUGGAGGUGUCCCUGACGGAGAUCUAUCACCACUUCGAGCGCCUCUGCGGCAGUGCCAUCAUGAGCCUCAUCGGAGUCUCGAUGAAAAAAGACACGCUGCCACAAACACCAGCGGCCAAGCAAUUGGCCAACCUCUUCUACCA